AUGGCUGGCCGAUUUCUUGUUUCCUUGAGCGUUGCUCUGUCUGCCCUUGGGGUGUCUGCUGCUCCUGCCACCACCUUCACCAAGUCCGAGGGGUUCUAUAUCGGUGUGCCCAUCGCCAACCCCGAUGCCCAGAACCUCAUCCCCCACAAGUUCAUCGUGGUCUACAACAACACCUUCAGCGAUGAUGAGGUCUUUGCCCACGAGUCCAGCAUUGCGAGCGUGAUCGCCAAGCGCAACAUUGGGAAGCGCAGCCCACUGACCAACAACAUCCUUUCUACGACAGUCGAGACCUUCCAGAUCGACCAGUGGAGAGCUAUGGCUCUGGAGGCCGAUGAUGCCUUGAUCAAUGAGAUCUAUGCCGCCAAGGAGGUCAGCUACAUCGAGCAGGAUGCCGUCAUCAAGCUCAAUGUCCGCCAGCUUCAGUCUCGCGCCCCUACCGGCUUGGCCCGCCUCAGCCAUGACGGUGCCAGACAGAAUGGUUAUUUCUUUGACAGUUCUGCUGGAGAGGGCAUCACUGCUUACGUUGUGGACACUGGUAUCCGUACCACCCACGAGGACUUGCAGGGGAGGGCCAGAUUCGGCGCCUCCUUCAUCCGAGGCGAAGAUGAGACGGAUCUCAACGGCCACGGCACCCACGUUGCUGGCACCAUUGGAGGCUGGAAGUUUGGUGUCGCCAAGAAGACCCAGCUCGUUGCUGUCAAGGUCCUCGGUGCUGACGGUUCCGGUUCCAACUCUGGCGUGAUUGCCGGUAUGGACUUUGUUGCCCGUGAUGCCACCCGCCGUGGUCUCCGUGGCAAGGCCGUCAUGAACAUGUCUCUCGGCGGCUCUUUCUCCCAGGCCGUCAACACCGCCAUCAACCGUAUCGAGGCUGCCGGUGUCGUUCCCGUUGUUGCCGCCGGUAACGAGAACCAGGACACUGCCCUCACCUCCCCUGGCUCUGCCGAGGCCGCCAUCACUGUCGGUGCUAUUGAUCAGACCAACGACCGCCGCGCCUCCUUCUCCAACUUUGGUCCCCUCGUUGACAUCUUCGCCCCCGGUGUCCGUGUCGAGUCCUGCGGCAUCCGCAGCGACAGCGACACCGCCACCCUGAGCGGAACUUCCAUGGCCUCCCCCCACGUUGCCGGUCUCGCCGCCUACAUCAUGGCUCUCGAGGGCAUCACCGGUGUCCAGCAGGUGGCCGACCGCCUCAAGCAGCUCGCCGGCCAGACCAACUCCAGAGUCGUGGCCGCCAGCAACGUUGCCGGCACGACCGACCUCAUCGCCAACAACGGCUUCAGAUGA